GGAGCCCGGACGCUGCCCUGCCCCGGAUUUCAGUGCGCGGCGGGGGGCUCGGCGAGCGGAAUUCCGGCGGCGGCCGCGACUCCCGUGCAAGGUGAGGGAGCAUGACCAGCCCCGAAUGUGCCCCUGGGCAUUAGCCAUUCGCUUUUCUUUAGGAGAAAGAAGACCGCCGUCCGCUUGAGAGGCAAAGCCCUAGUGACCGAAGAACGGUAGAUCUUCUGAAUUUCGAGGGCAGUGAAGUAGGAGCGUAGCAGAGGGCGUACGAAAGACAACACGUUGGAAGGAAGAUUGAUACAGACAAAAGCAACAUGAUUCAGGGCCACCACUGAGAUCUUUGGGGGUUUCCCAGAAGCGUGUGGUUGGGAACGUCAUGAAGGAUGAGACAGGAGCCGGCCCGAGGAAGCGUGCAUGAGAAUAACGUGGAAGGAGCCCAUCGGUAGAUGCAGAAGGGCUGCUUUGGGAGGCCUGGAAACUGAGUUUUGGAAGGAUUCAGUAACGGACAGCCACUCCGCGGGGCCUGUCUGUCCAGCCCGAGUCAGAUCCUUCUCCACUGUCCAUGGUUUUGAAAGUCUCCCACACCGAGUGACCAGCCUAGAAAGCUCUUGCCGGCCGGUGAUGGAAGUGAGCUGGAGCAGUGGGAGAAGCUGGUAACUUCUCAGAAGCCAAGAUGACAAGAAUUGUUUUAAAUAAUCAAAGGAAGAUGGCCGGGGCGCCAUGAGGUGAGCGCGCCGGCACCGAGAGCCCCCGAGAGCGGUGUGCGGGCUGCGGGAGCGAGAGCGGCCCCGCACGUCUGGCCACGCACGUCCCCGGCAUGAGGCCGGGCAGCAUGGGCGCGCCCCCGCGGGACCGCUGACCCCCGCCCGCCGGGACCAUGAAGGAGGUGGCGUACUGGUCCCCCAAGAAAGUGGCAGACUGGCUGCUGGAGCACGCCAUGCCCGAGUACUGUGAGCCCCUGGAGCACUUCACGGGCCGGGACCUGAUUGGCCUGACCCGGGAGGACUUCACGCGGCCACCCCUGUGCCGCGUGUCAGCCGACAGCGGGCAGCGGCUCCUGGACAUGAUCGAGACCCUGAAGGUGGAGCAGCACAUGGAGGCGCACAAGAACGGCCACGCCAACGGGCACCUGGGCGCAGGUGCAGCCGGCCCCAGCCCCGGCCUCCAGGCCAAGCCCAACGGGGUGCCCAACGGCUAUAGGAAGGAGAUGAUCAAGAUCCCCAUGCCGGAGCCGGAGCGCUCCCAGUACCCCAUGGAGUGGGGCAAGACGUGCCUGGCCUUCCUGUAUGCACUGGCCUGCUUCGUCCUCACCACGGUGAUGAUCUCGGUCGUCCACGAGCGAGUGCCUCCCAAGGAGGUGCAGCCCCCGCUGCCGGACACGUUCUUCGACCAUUUUAACCGGGUGCAGUGGGCCUUUUCUAUCUGUGAAAUUAACGGCAUGAUCCUCGUAGGACUCUGGCUAAUUCAGUGGCUGCUCUUAAAAUACAAGUCCAUCAUCAGCAGAAGAUUCUUCUGCAUCGUCGGCACGCUGUACCUGUACCGCUGUAUCACCAUGUACGUGACCACCCUCCCGGUGCCCGGCAUGCAUUUCAACUGCUCUCCGAAGCUUUUUGGAGACUGGGAAGCGCAGCUGCGGAGAAUCAUGAAGCUCAUCGCCGGCGGUGGCCUCUCCAUCACCGGCUCCCACAACAUGUGUGGGGACUACCUGUACAGCGGGCACACCGUCAUGCUCACGCUCACCUACUUAUUUAUCAAAGAGUACUCCCCGCGACGACUCUGGUGGUACCACUGGAUCUGCUGGCUUCUCAGCGUGGUUGGGAUCUUCUGCAUCCUCUUGGCGCACGACCACUACACUGUGGACGUGGUGGUGGCCUACUACAUCACCACGAGACUCUUCUGGUGGUACCACACGAUGGCCAAUCAGCAAGUGCUAAAAGAAGCUACCCAGAUGAACCUCCUGGCUAGGGUGUGGUGGUACAGGCCGUUCCAGUACUUUGAAAAGAAUGUCCAAGGAAUCGUGCCUCGCUCGUACCAUUGGCCCUUCCCCUGGCCGGUCGUCCACCUCGGCAGGCAAGUCAAGUACAGCCGCUUGGUGAGCGACACGUAACGGCGCACGAGGCGGGCAAGCGAGGAGCUGUCUGAAGUGCUAGAGCUGCACAAGAGAAGAUGCCAUGAACACACCUCCCUGACCCCGUUCUCCUUCAGCAGUUCCCUUGACUUAACCUAUUGAGUUACCUGGUCAGCACUGUGAUCUUUUUUUCUCUCCAAAGGACCUGCGUUGGACAACAAUAAAGAAAAUCUAACCUAUCAUGCACUGUACACAUCUUCCUGUUCAUAAGUUUGGGAUUUCCAUAACCUGCGACCACCAUGUUCCUUUGUAUAUGAUGCAACAGCAUAAAUGUAAGCUUUUAUAUCAUCAGUUCUGGUCUUUCCAGGCACAUCUGGAAAUAAAGCGUAUUAUUUUCUUGGGAAAACAUACUUUUCAUAUCUCUUGCCCCAAAGAUUGGGCUGUAAGCCAUUUUCUAGCAAAUGUCUCUAUGAAGGUUUCUAAGUACCUGAAUGGGGUUCGAUUCUGAAAUCUUUCUACCUGUUGCACCGAUAUUCAAAUAAAAAUGACAGACACAGAAAGGUUCGGUAACUUUGGGUUUUGUAAAAAUCAGCAGAGAGAGUGUGUCAAAAAGUGCAAAAAAUAAAAAAAAAAGAUUCUGUUAUAAAGUGAUUUUCUAAGUAUUUCCUAACUUUAUUUUUCAAAAUAAUGUUAUGAAAACCAAAUUUAAAGAUUUUUACAUGUCAGAGAGAAGAGAGUUAAAAUUUAAAAAUGCUUCUUGGGAGAGAACUUUGUCUAUGUUUAUAGUGCCUUUCUUGUCUUGAUUGUAUGGUCAGUAGGCAAUCUUAAAUGUUUUUAUUUAAAAUAAAAUAUUCCAUGGAAAUAUAAAUGUAUGUAUACACUACUAAAUUUUGCAUUUAUAGCUAAAUCAGAAGACUGCUUAUGGUUUUUAAAUCGCUAUGAAUUAGAGAAUGGGGGAGUUAAUUAGAAAGUCAGAGCCUGUUCCCAUAUUGUGAGCAGGCGGGAAUGACACAUAUACCACUUAAAUUAUUUUAUCAUCUAUUUGGUAGUUCGAUUUUAACUAUACAAUGAAAACAGCCAUGCAUACUUUGUUUUUAAAAAGAGAGUUUUGAAAAUGAUCACUCAACUAAAACUUGAAAGCUCUAAAUUAGUUAUCCGUACUCUUAUGACAAUUUUGUUGGUGAACAACAAAACAGAGAUCUAUUUCUUUAAAAUAUAUUUGUGCAGAAACUGCAUGGAACUCGAAGUUUUACUCCCAACAUGAGUAUGUUUGGGGAAGUAUUCUCUUCUAUACUUGCCAAUGUGGAGAACAAAAUAGUUUUUUAAGAAUGAAGAAGUAUAUAUAUCCAUUCUGUAUUUUACGCGGCAGAAUUAUCUUCCGUAGGGUUUUUUUGUGAAUUCACAAGGUGAUAUUUGUAUUGUAAAACAAUAAUGGUGAAGGAAAUAAAAAAGGCUUUUAAAAUUUUGUUUGUUUUAAAUAUUUGUAAAGUUAUUAUUCCAGAGAGUACACUGAUAUCUUAACGGCUUACCUAGAUCAUAAAUUAAUCAAAAUGCACUUUUUAAUAAAACCUGAUA